UGGCAUUAUGGUAAUUUAGAGCAAGAAGAAGAACAAAUUCUGAAAAUAGAAUCUUAUCCAGGAUUCAAAUAAGAGAAAUAGAUUGACAGUAACUAUGUUAUUUAUCUACAUCACAUAGACAGAGAGGGAAACCGAAAGGCAGGUUUAUGGGAGCCUUUCAUUAGUUGGUUGGGAACCCCCAAAACCUCCAACAACACCAAAUACUUCUUCUCCUUCACCUCUUAUGAAUGGGAAAUGAAAAAUCUCUCCUCCAACGUUACAGAGAGAACAGAAAGAAGAAAAGGUGAAGAAGAACAAGAAAACACAGAAGAACGUGAACGGUUAGAGAAUAACCGAUUCGAAGAUCAAGACGAAACGACCGAAAGAGCUCGCUGCGAGUGGGAUUUCCACCUCCGAACCGUCGUCUCCUCCGCCACUGCCGCCUCCGACGCGCUCGGCGUCAUCGAAUUCGGCCCGUCUGGUGAGCUGCUCGCCACCGGCGGAAUCGCCAGGAAGAUAAGAAUCUACCGAUUCAGCUCCCUUGUGGCAGCCGCCUCCGACGCCGACGGCGGCGGCGGCGACGUGGCGCUUCUUGACCACGCCAGUGCGUACGACUACUACAUCUGCACGCCGGCGAAGCUCAGCAGCCUCCGGUGGCGCCCCGGGGCGGGAGGAAGGAUUAUCGGCUCCGGAGACUACGACGGCGUGGUGACGGAGUACGACCUCGAGAGGAGGACGCCGGUGUUCGAGCGGGACGAGCACGGGGGGCGGCGCGUAUGGAGCGUGGACUACUCUCAUUGGGAGGGUUGUUCGGUUAUGGCCGCGUCGGGGUCGGACGACGGGACCAUGCAAAUGUGGGACCCGCGGUGCGACGGCGGGGAGUGCGUGGCUACGGUUCGGCCCAGCGCAACGAAGACCUCAUCCGUCUGCUGCGUGGAGUUUAACCCCUUCGGCGGGCCAUUGGUGGCCGUCGGAUGCGCUGACCGAAAGGCGUACGGCUACGAUGUGCGGAAGCUCUCCGAUCCGGUCCUUAUCCUCGACGGCCACCAGAAAACGGUGACGUAUGUUCGCUUUCUUGAUGACCGUACGAUGGUGUCUUCAGGCACGGACGGGUGUUUGAAGUUAUGGAAUAUAGAUGACGCACGUGCGGUGCGCACGUACAAGGGCCACGUGAAUAAUCGGAGCUUCGUCGGGCUAUCCGUUUGGAGAAAAGGCGGGUUGCUCGGAUGCGGGUCGGAGAAUAACCAGGUAUUUGUGUAUGAUAAGAGGUGGGGCGAGCCCAUUUGGGUCCGCGGGUUUGAGCCGACGGGUGAGUCCGGGUGUGAGAGAGGAUUCGUGAGCAGUGUGUGUUGGAGGCAAGUGGGAGAGGAGGAUGAGUGCACCCUAGUGGCGGGCGGGUCGGAUGGGGCUUUGCAGGUUUUUGUGGGCACAAGGAAGCCAUCCUGAUCUUCUAAUUCGUAUUAUUACGCAAAUGACUGCUUCUACAUUCUCCUCAAUUUCCUACACAAAUGCAUCGUAAGAGUAAAGGUUUUGGCUUUUCAUUUCAUAAAACAAAUAAGACAAACAGUGGCAGCAGGAUUAACAUGACGUCCAAGGCGAAGGUAAAUAAUUAACGGAGGGUCCCAUGC